AUGCCAUCAUCCACCAUUGACGAUAGAAUCGAAGCACAGAGCUAUCCUGAGAGUGCUGAAUCACAUAAAGCAAAGGAAAUGGAAAGGCGUCAUAGAAGGAAUGAAGAUUUGGCCCGUUUUAUUCUAUCCAGAGCUUCAAUUUACCUUCAUCGCAUCAACAAGGCAGUGUCGGAAACUGCCACCCGGUACCGACUGCAGGAGAUCGCUCAGGCCGUUUUCGCGAGCCUGCAACAAUACCCGAUACUGGCGCUUGCAGUGGCCAUCGUGAUAUUCACCUUCACCCUGCCGUUCUUGGUGUUCAUCUUCUUCACGAUGACCACAGCGGUGAUGGCCUUCACCGGGUUUGUGCUAAUCGAAGGCGCACUCAUAACAGCUGCUUCGGUAAUGCUAGUAAGUUUGCUCAUUGGCGUAUUUUUAAUGAUGGCCAUCGUGGGGCUAAUGUUUUUAUCCGGCUAUUUGGGCAUAUCCCGCGUGUACGAAUGUUUAACACGCUUUAAAAUGGACGAUUUACGCGAGUAUCUGCGGGACAACUAG